AUGAAGACAUUCGCGGAACAGGCGACAGAGUGGUUGGAGGACUUCGACAAUCCGGAGGGUUGCGUCGCGUAUGCACGGGUGUUAGCGGUCUCCGCCUUGGCCGAACACGUAGAUUCGGUGGUGGGCGAUGCGAAGAAGGGGUUGGAAGAGUACGUCUCGAACCACCUUGCCUCCGCGCAGGUCAACAUCGCCACCGCUGUGACCGCCAGGCUCGCCGUGCCGCCGCCGCCACCGCCUCAUCCCACGCCGCCCGCCAUCCCGGAAGAGCUUUUGAAGUCGUUCAAGGUCGACAUCAUGAAGGCGGUGACGGAGGCCACCCAGCAGUCUUUCAGGACGGGCGACGGAGACGACAAGGAGAGCUCAAAGCGGAGUAAGGGAGCGGACGGUAGCCGCGGGUCGAAGCCUGCGCAACAGAGCGUGGUCGACCAGCUGAAGACGAAGGCGGGGUGGAAGGUGGUAAGGACGUCGCAUAGCAAGGGAGGCGGAAGCGGGGGAGCAGAGGGUGGCCCUGCCGACGGGGUUGCCGCUAACGUAGCUGCUCCGACUGGCCCGCCUUUGGUCGCCGAGCAGACCCAUCCUCAGGCGAGUGGUGGGAAAGGCGUGACCGACAAGGAGGUGCCAACUGCUCAGGCGGCGAAUGAUGGCGACUCCGGAACCACUAAGGGACCGUCCGUCGCGGCGGCGGCCAAGCCUGCUUCUGCUACGGUUGCCGGCACCACCAAGUCGAGUCCCCGUAACCCCCUUGCGGCUACCAGCACGCCUGCCGGCCAGUCAGGUGCGAACAAAGAUGGGGAGGCUGCUCCAGCUUCAGCAUCCCCGGCUGCCGCCAAGGGCGUCGCGAAGGCUGCUUCGGCUAAGGGUGAUGCCGUGGCAUCAGCUAAGGCCCCCCCCGGUGGUACCGCGCUCAGCGAGAUGCUCCGCCGCAUGGAGGCACAUAGCAGGGACGUGCAGCAGCAUCCCGUGGUCGAGGCCGGCCUUCUUGGAACAGCACGUCGCUCCGUCACUACGCAGGUUGCCAACAAGUCGUCCGGUGCCCCACCUGCCGCGCCUCCGGUGGCCGCCCCAUCGCCUGCGGGCCCCAAGUCCGCUUUUCUUCGCACCCAUUUAGGCUCCAUUAAGGUAAACGGACAGAAUCGGUACAUCGGCAAGUCGAGGGAGAAGAUGGAGCUGGCCUACGAGCACGCGAUUACGUUCGUCGUCUACGACGGCUACGUGAGCAAGGUGCUCAUGAAGGAGCUCACCGUCUUGAAGCCGGGGGAGUUGGAUAAAUGGAAGGAGGUGUGGGCGGAGGUCAAGUUCUUGCCGACGGGGAUGUGGACGGUGAUGUGGGCAAGAGGCUUGUGCCAUCCGAGAGCACGGUUCGACGACAUACCCGGCAGGUACCGUGGAUACGCAAGUUUGGGUGAUGCGCUUCAUGACGUGUUCUGGCCGGCGAUCUGGUUCCCCAUCAUCGAGGACACGGAGGAAGGCAAGGAAGAGACGGACGCUCUCAUGUCGGCGAUGGUAAAUCGCGUGUCGAUUUGCGCGGCGUAUGGGAAGGUCGCGGCGAGCGCGGCAUUUGGGAAGGUCGAUGCGAGCGUGGAGGGGAAGGCGGACGAGAAGACGGAGUCGGGGACCCAGGCGUUAGCGGCAUCGGCAUGCGCCAUCUGGUGCUUCUUGGAGACGAGGGCGUCGGUGCUCGGUGCUGUGGGCAAAGGGAAGGCGGCGGCGAUGGUGGCAGGUGUGGGGGAGGCGAGGGCCGAGGACUUCAAGGAGGUGAUGCACGCGGUGAUCGACAUAGCACGCACUAGGCAGGCUCCCGCUGGGGAGGUUGCACAUAACGUCGCGCCAUCGCUGCAGAGCCAGGCAGUUGCCAGGGCCUUCGCGAAGGGAGUUGAGGAAGUCGAGGCCGACAUGAUCGCAAGAGCGACGGUCGAGACCUUGGCGUUCUGGGGAAUGUGCCCCGUCACCGGGCCCAAGCUCAAAGCGCAGGGCAUCGAUUUGCCGUGUGACGCGAGGAUGGAGUACGAUAUGGAUCACAGGGGGAGGAAGGGGGAGAAGGUCAAGCAGAGCAAGGGCAGCAGCAAGAGGAAGAAGGGCAAGCAGGGCAAGGGCAGUACGGAUGCGUAG